AUGGUCCAAACCAUAGACGUCUACCUGGACUCUGGGCUCAUCCCGUCCCUGUCUGGCGGGUCCGCCGGCGGGGUCGACCACCACGCGCUCAUGGGUCGGCCGAUCCUACCUAGAGCCACGCCUAUGGUGAAUAUAGCGGCGAAGAAGAAGGGCACGAAGCCGCUGGCGAUCCCGCCAGGCCGAUCGGAUAGUAGCGCCAAGGCCAGGGGAGGACCGGUGGGAAGAAGCAUGGAGAUGAGCGAUGAGGAGAUCACGCCGAGGGCGAAGAGGCCCAGCGAGGGCAGAGGUGAAGAUAUGGAUAAGGGUGGGGGACUUAAGGGAUUGAUGCGUAUACGGCCGCCGGUACAUCGCCGCACGUCGAGUCUGGACGGACGGACCGGCGCGCCCACCGUUGGCGAUAUAGUCGGUCAAAAGCUGGGCGGGAGCAAGCUCCACCGAGAGGCGUCGACAAAGCAGCCUUCCCAACCUCGAUUACUUGGCAUCUUCCCUUCUGCUACAUCAGCUCCUCAACCCGGUCAGAUCCUCUCCCUCCCUCAAACCCCCAAAUACACGCAGAAAAGCUCGCCACCGAUUCGGAGCUCGCAUCACCUCUCGCCACCACCUCAGACGGCCCGACAUGCCCGCUCCAGCUCAUGGGCUGCCCCUCCUACGGCCCGGAACAGCUGUAUACCGCUAUUCCCCUCUUCCCCAUCCCCCCCCUCCCGCCGGACGCAGGACCCCAUCGAACUACUCACCAAGCUACACCACCUCGUCCCUCCCUCACGACUCGACCCGCUCGCCCCUCCACCCUCUUCGUCUACUCUGCACCCUCCGACCCUCCUCGCUGGCCUAGCCUUCAUCCUCGAAGCACUCGUAAGCGAGCGCCAGAUCCUCUCUUCCUCGUCGACUUCGCACCCCGCCUCUCCACUUCCCCUCCUUCGGAAUAGGACCGCUAUCCAGUCCAAGUCGAGGGAUCUAGACUGGGCCGCUACGCACGCGUACCUCCUCUCGUUCGGCCGGGUCCUGGAGGGCUUGAUGGGUAUGAUUAUGGCGACGGAGGUGUGCGAGGCGACGCUGGGGCUGGUAGAGAUGAUCAAGACUCAUGUCGACAAGAUGCGUAAAGUGUUCGGCGAGGUGGCGGGGAUGUAUAUGGAGGGGUACAGCUUCGUCAGUGGAUGGUGGGAUGAAGCAGGGAUGAGAGGGAGUGCGAAGGAAGUGGGAAGGUGGGGCGAGCUGGUAGGGGUAGCGUCGAAGCCGUGA